CCCCUGCCGUGUUCUUUUAGAUUGGACGAUUUUUCCCCAUCUGUGAUGUGUUCAUGCUUGUUAAAUUGAAUUUAUCAAAUAGUUUAGCAUAAAAAUAAAAAAAAUAUUUCCCGAAUUUUAUAGAGAUGGGCAAUUUCUUCAUAAAUUUUUAUAUCUAACUUAGACAUAAUAAGGACAUAAAUAUAUAGUUUCUUACUUGACUACCUGGCUAGUAAUUAGUAUAGCUGUUUUCAUCCAUCAUGAAUGGUUUGUGGGAUGUUUUGAGUGUGAAGAGGUGGCGUUCUCUUUCGUUUCUUUAUCUUUUUCGAGUUGAUAUAUCUUAUCGGAGUCCUUUUUCCCAUCUAGUUCCUGUGGUCUCGGAACUAUACUAAUCUCUUUUAUCUCUAUAAUUUCACUUUAAUAGUUCCUCCAUAUCUUUCUCUUCCUUCACCCAAUCCCUUCUUCUUAGGAUCCACAAAGAAACAGCCAAAAUAAACAUAUCUCACAACUUGCGUUUCUGGAUUCACCUUGGGGAGGCAUAUCUGGAGUCUUUUACUGCCUUCUUUAUGCACUCUUUUGUGAAGAAGAAGAAGAAGAACAAGAGAGGAGGAAGAUGGCUAGAGACCAGCUCCAGGUGCUGAACGCACUAGAUGUUGCCAAGACACAGUGGUACCACUUCACGGCCAUCGUUAUUGCCGGCAUGGGCUUCUUCACCGACGCCUACGACCUCUUCUGCAUCUCCUUGGUGACCAAGCUCCUCGGCCGGAUUUACUACUACGAUGGCUCCAGCACCCCCGGCUCGCUCCCGCCGAACGUGGCGGCCGCCGUCAACGGCGUGGCCUUCUGCGGUACGCUCUCCGGCCAGCUCUUCUUCGGGUGGCUCGGCGACAAGAUGGGCCGGAAGAAGGUCUACGGCGUCACCCUCAUGCUCAUGGUGAUCUGCUCCAUCGCCUCCGGCCUCUCCUUCGGCCACACCGCCAAGGGCGUUAUUGCCACCCUCUGCUUCUUCCGCUUCUGGCUUGGCUUCGGCAUCGGCGGUGACUACCCGCUCUCCGCAACCAUCAUGUCCGAGUACGCCAACAAGCGCACCCGCGGAGCCUUCAUCGCCGCCGUCUUCGCUAUGCAGGGUUUCGGCAACCUUUCCGGCGGAAUCGUCGCCAUCAUCAUCUCCGCCGCCUUCAAGGCCCGCUUCAAGGCGCCGCCAUACGACGUCGACCAGGUCGCCUCCACCGUCCCCCAGGCCGAUUACGUCUGGCGGAUAAUUCUCAUGAUCGGCGCCCUCCCGGCGGUGCUCACCUACUACUGGCGGAUGAAGAUGCCGGAGACCGCCCGGUACACCGCGCUCAUUGCUAGGAACGCCAAGCAGGCUGCCUCCGACAUGUCGAAGGUGCUCCAGGUCGAGAUCGUCGAGGAGCAGGAGAAGGUGGAGCAGUUCACCAAGAACGCGGCCGGCAACUUCGGCAUCUUCUCGAAGGAAUUCGCCCGCCGCCACGGCGUGCACCUCCUCGGCACCGCCACCACCUGGUUCCUCCUCGACAUCGCCUUCUACAGCCAAAACCUCUUCCAGAAGGACAUCUUCAGCGCCGUCGGCUGGAUCCCCAAAGCCGCCACCAUGAACGCCCUCGAGGAAGUCUUCAAGAUUGCCCGCGCCCAGACCCUGAUCGUCCUCUGCGGCGCCGUCCCCGGCUACUGGUUCACCGUCGCGUUCAUCGACAUCAUCGGCCGGUUCAAGAUCCAGCUAAUGGGCUUCUUUAUGAUGACCGUCUUCAUGCUCGGCCUCGCCAUCCCCUACCACCACUGGACUACCAAGGGCAACCACAUCGGCUUCAUCGUCAUGUAUGCGUUCACCUUCUUCUUCGCCAAUUUCGGGCCCAACAGCACCACCUUCAUCGUGCCCGCCGAGAUCUUCCCGGCGAGGCUGCGGUCGACGUGCCAUGGGAUCUCCUCGGCCGCAGGGAAGGCGGGCGCCAUCGUCGGGGCGUUCGGUUUCCUGUAUGCGGCGCAGAACCAGGACAAGGCCAAGGCCGAUCCCGGCUACCCGGCCGGCAUUGGCGUCAGGAACUCGCUAUUCCUGCUGGCAGGCUGCUGCCUCUUGGGCUUCUUCUUUACCUUCUUGGUGCCCGAGGCCAAGGGAAAAUCUUUGGAAGAGAUGUCCGGGGAAAAUCAAGAUGAAGAAGAUCAGAUUGCCGAAACAGCUAAUUACCACAGGACUGUCCCUGUUUAGAUUUACUUUGAGGGCAUGAUUUAGCUGCAUGCAACUCUGUGUCUAAGAAUUAUCAGAUAGUUUUUAUAGGACAAAAAAAAAAAAAGUCAUCUAGAAUGCUUAUUCACAGUUCUCGCUAUAUGUAAACUAUUUUUGUUGAUAUUUUUUGUCUAGUCCAUCUCAUUUUGGAGAAAAAAGAGUGAUGAGAUCGUCAUCAACACCUGGUUCUAGAUGUUGCAUGCUUGCCAUGUUUCUCCUCUUGGUUGCCUGGAAAACUAGCGCCCACUAGACUUGACUUUGCUGACCUCGAGGGGAUAAGCCGUGGCGGAAGUCCAUACAGUAUUUUUCUUUUUAUACGCUUAUGUAUCCAGACAAACGAUUUACUGAAGCAUUGCUUUAGAAACCUGAUUUCUGAUUCAAAAAAGAAUUAAUUAUAUAGAUGGAGCUGAAUUGUCUGGUGAA